GCUGCGUGUCCUUCCUGCGUGUCUCCAGAUGUUCGGGUGGUGCGUCGCUGUCCUCUUGGCGGUGCUGCAGCUGUGCAGCCCGGCGCUGCAGAGCGACCCCGGCAGGGCGCCGCGCCCGGACCGCUCAGAGCCGAGGCUGAACGCCGCGCUGGAAGACGUCGUCCCGUCCCGGGAAGCCGCCCGGCCGCCCAAUGUCAGGAAGACCCCAGUAGCCGUGCCGUCCUGGCGCUCCCCCCCCCCAGUGUUCGGCGAACACGCCAACCUCAAGUGGGUGGCGUGGAGCGGCCAACUGCCCAACGGCGCCGUGGCCAUCUUCAACGGCUACGCCGAACGCACCGACUACGUGUGCAAGGUCAACUGCCAGUCGGGCUUCUACUCGCCGGGCGGGGGGGGCCUCUGCCGCUACCCGUACGCCGAGAAGGAGUACGCCUCCGCCACCUUCGACAUGCUGGUCAACGUGGACCACUUCGAGUUCCUGGAGUGGGUCGAGGGGUCGUACGGCUCGGUGCCCGGCUACGCCGUCAGGACCUGCCCGGGCGCCGACAUCUUCGUGGGCAAGAACAAGUACGGCCUGGGCAAGGUGGUGCCCCAGCACAAGGCCUUCUUCCUGCCCUGGCAGGGCGACGAGUACUGGUACAAGAGCUACCAGGUCCUGGCCGUCAACCGGGACACCUACAGCCAGCACGUCUCUCACGUGGAGUACGGCGUCGACCGGAUGGAGCUCUUCCACCACCCCCCCGAGGCCCUGCAGCUCGCCGCGGUCACCAACCUGGAGUGCCGGGACGUGGCCAAGACGGUGCGGCUGGAGAAGACCAGCUCGGUGGGGAAGACCUGGGACAUCGGCAGGGAGACCCGCAACGGCUCCGUCUCCACCAUGCAGGCCAAGGUGCCCAUCCUGGGCCCCGGGACGGUGGACUUCACCAAGGAGCAGACGGUGACCUUCUCGGAGGGAACCAGCGUGGUGGAAUCCAUCCACCACGUUGUGUCCGUGGAGCUGCUGGUGCCGCCCAACCACUCGUGCGCCGUGAGGAUGGACGGCAGGAAGAUGACGGCCGACAUCCCCUUCACCGGCAGGCUGAGCCGGACCAACCACAAGGGGGACACGCGCUGGACCUACAUCACGGGCAGCUACGACGGCGUGAACGUCGGCGAGAUCAACGCCGUGGUGGAGAGGUGCCAGCCGGUGGCGGACGCCACUCCCUGCGCGCCGACUGGAGGCUGACCGCCGGUCCGGUGGACUUGAAAAGUUGGAACAUAAUUUGGUUUUCAAAAUAAAAUCCUAUCAUGAACAUAAAGGUGUUUCUUUUCUGUGGACAGUUAAAUUCAGAAUGAACAGUUAUUUACUUACACGAAUGUACUUAUUUUUUAAAUCCCAUCAAUUCUUCAUCGUCAGACAAAAAAAACAUGGUUUCUGUUUGUUGUCCUUUCUUUAACUGGGAUAUUUUAGGACUCCUGAUGAAAGGUAUUUUUUGAUUAUUUAUUCAACCCCUUGAACACAUGGUUCCAAAUAUAUGGCAUUAAUGUUUUCAUAAUUACAUUGAAAGACAACA